AUGGCGCGGAGCCGGCCCGGGCGGCGCGGGCGGCGCGGGCUGUGCGGGCGGUGCGGGCGGUGCGGGCGGUGCGGGCGGGGCGCGCUGCUGGCCUGCGCGGCGUGGACCGCGGGCUGGGUGCUGGCGGCCGCACUGCUGCUCCGCGCGCACCCGGGCGUCCUCUCCGAGCGCUGCACGGAUGAGAAGAGCCGGCGCAUCCUGGCCGCGCUGUGCCGGGACUACGAGGGCGGGGCGCUGGUGGGAGACCUCUGUGAGGACCUGUGCGUGGCGGGGAAGCUGCUGUACCGGCGUUGCCUGUACUACGAGAGCGGCAAGAAGGUGCUGCAGGCCGACUGGCGCGGCCGGCCCGUCAUCCUCAAGUCCAAGGAGGAGGCCUUCUCCAGCUUCCCGCCGCUCGGCCUGCUGGAGGACGCGGCCGACGAGGGUGCCCAGGACUUCCCGGAGGCUGAGCUGCUGCUGCUGGUGGCCGGCGAGGUCCGGAACGCCCUGGGCCUGGAGCUGCCCGGCGGCAGCCUGCGGCCCCUGUGGCCAGGCGGGCGCGGUCCGCGGUGGCGGGGCCAGCUGGCCAGCCUGUGGUCACUGCUGCAGCAGGAGGAGUUCGUCCUCUUCAGCCUGCUGCAGGACCUGAGCCGGCACGCCCUGCCCGUGCUGGGCUCCUGCGGCCACUUCUACGCCGUGGAGUACCUGGCAGCCGGCAGCCCCCGCCACCGGGCCCUCUUCCCGCUUGAGGGCGCGGCGGGGGGGCCCCGGGGCAGCCGCGGCCAGGCCAAGGCCGUCAGCGACAUGGCGCUCAGCUUCCUGGACAUGGUGGGCCAUUUCGAGGACGACUUCUCUCACCGCCUCCACCUGUGCGACGUCAAGCCGGAAAACUUUGCCAUCAGGAGUGACUACACGGUGGUGGCCAUCGAUGUGGACAUGGCCUUUUUUGAACCUAAAAUGCGAGAAAUUCUUGAGCAGAACUGCACGGGAGACGAAGACUGCAAUUUCUUCGACUGUUUUUCCAAGUGUGAUUUGCGCGUCAACAAGUGUGGAGCAGAAAGAGUCAACAGCAACCUGCAGGUCAUCUGCGACAAGAUCUUCCGCCACUGGUUCUCCUCGAGUCUCGGCAGCUCCGCCCUGUCCUUCCCGCUGCAGCGGCAGCUGCGGGACGCGGUGCAGGAAUGCGCGGACCCCCGCAGCACCGCGCGCAGCCCCCCGAGAGCAGCCCGCGACGUGUUCCGGAAGCUUCGGCACCUCCUCCGAGCCACGCAGAGGGAACUGCAGGACGCAGAGGAGUAGCGGCGGCGGCGGCAGCCUCGGGCGGGUUCCCUCCAGCGGGUUGUUGG